CCUGGACACAGCCGCAGGAAGUGACGACAUCCCAAUCAGGUCACGUGGCCGGAAGUUGUUGCGGAGCAGAGACGGAGGGUGAUAAUCGGGCUCUGAGCGGAGAUGUAUUCCAGAGGACUUAAAUCUCAGUUGAAGGACAGUGUUCCUGUUGGUGGACUGGCUUCUAAUGCAGGACCCUAUGGUGUGCAUGAUACGUUGCGCCGGGGAUUCUCCAACGUUAAGUCUGAACUUCUGCCAAGCCAUCCCCUGGAAAUUUUGGAAAGCAAUUUUCAGCUCAAUCAGGACAAAAUGAAUUUUUCUACAUUGAGAAAUAUACAAGGACUACAUGCUCCACUAAAAUUGCAAAUGGAAUACAAAGCAGUAAAACAGGUGCAGCGUUUGCCUUUCCUCGUAAGCUCAAAUAUUGCACUUGAAACUCUUCAAGGGAAUGAUGAAUACAUUGGUUUUGAAGACAUAUUGAAUGACCCAACCCAGAGUGAAAUUAUGGGUGAACCACAUCUUAUGAUGGAGUACAAACUCGGCUUACUGUAAUUCAGUGACAUAGAUGAGUAUCUUAAAGAGACAAAUAUUGCUUCCUGUUGCUACAAAUAUGCUAUUCUGAAUAUUUGAGGAACAUCAAAAACACAAACCUUCUAGCAAACGACUGAUCCAAACGAAGAGUCAUUUAUCACAUGCGGAUUUCAACAUCAGAAAAAAAAGGGGCUAAUGUUAAGUUAAAAAUUAAACAAACGUGACCUGCGAGCAAAGUCUUUAAGUUUUACCAGAAAUAAUUAUUCUGGAAGGAUAACUUAACAUCUGUUUGCAUAAGCGGUAAGAACAUAGCAACCCAAUUCUCUUGCUCACUCUGUAAUAUGCCUUGCCAUUUGUGAUAGGCAUGAGAUGUGGAAAAUGUAUAAUUAAGGCUGUCAGUUAUUUCAGAUAAAUUUGUCAUGAAAGAAUUCAAUACCCAUUAGGGCUGAACUGUUAUCAUUCAGUCACUUUUAUAGAUUUUCAGAGACUUUAUACCAGAACACAGACUGUGAAAUGUAUUGGUUGGGAAAUAUAAUGCAAAUAUUUGUUGAAAACUGCAUUGGCUAUACAUUUUGUUUAACAGCAACAUUAUUACUUAUUGAACAACAAAGGGUUGUAUCAUUAAGCAACUUAAUUUAUCCAGAUUUGUGGCUAUUUCAUAACUUGUUUACUUAGUAUUUCAACCUUUAAGUCAUAUCGAAGGAGAUAACAUACCGUCAGUAUGACUUAAAGGUUGAAAUACCAAGUAAACAAGACUUUAAGUCAUAUUGAAGGAGUGUUGUCUUCUUAAAAAUUUAUCAAUAUUUAAAAGCUCACCUGCUACAGUUAGGCACACAUAUUUUGACAAGUUCCAUGCAAAAACGAAGCUCAAGAAUCCAUAAUUAAAAAGCAAACUAAUCUGGCAUGAAUCUUUCAAGUUUCAUAAAAACAUGAAAAUUGGUUUUUGACAAAAAUUAUGUCAGAAAGGGAAGUCAAGGAGUAUUUAAAAUAGCAUUACAAAUUUUGCACUAUGUUUUGCUUCCACCUCUUUCACACUCAUGUACCCCGAUCUCUAGUUUUGUUAAACAUUAAAAUGUGUCAUCCAGAAGAUAAACACCGUUGGUUUAUUUCACAAAUGCUAAAGUUUGUUAGGUUUGCAGUCUUGUUACUAUGAGCAGAAAUGCAAUUGGUCUGUACUUUUUUUUUAAAUUCAUACAAUAAAAAUGGAUAUAAUGUG